AUGGAGGAUUUGCAUCUGAGACCUGAUGCACCUCGCCCCACUGCAGUGAAAACAACUUCCCUUCCCGUCUCACAUCCUCUUCAGGAGAGCAGCGACACUGACGCUUCAUUCACCGAUCAGCAGGAACAACCUCUUCACGAACGAAAGCCUCGCAAGUCCGUCGCCUUCAGCACGGAAGACACCAUCAUGGACGAGAACGGCGAGAUCUCCGAGGCGCCUCGAAGCGACUCAGAAGAGAAGGUGACGGCGCAAAAACACACAUCGCCGCCCGAUGACGCAGCCGUCGAGGAAGUGACCGACAUGUUCGCCGGGCUGAACAAGAAGAAAAAGAAGUCGUCCAAACCCAAGGCCGAGGACGGCGCCGCAGAUGGCGAAGGAGCACCUGCCGCGACCGGCGACAGCGAGUUCGACCCGACGGCGCUGAAAAAGAAGAAGAAGAAGUCCAGCAAGCCCAAGACCGAAGGGGGCGACUUUGCCGCGAAACUCGCCAGCGCCGGUCUCGAGGGCCCUGGAGGAGAAGGCGAGCAGAACGCCGACGCCGUGCCGCAGGAACAGACCGGCGACAUGACCGCAGGCACGGGCAUCUGGGCUCACGACUGCCCCACCCCCAUCUCAUACGAGCUCCUGCUCAAACGCUUCUUCCAACUCGUCAACGAGCACAAUCCCGACAUCCUGGCGUCGGGCAGCAAAUCGUACAAGAUUCCGCCACCGCAGUGCCUGCGUGAAGGCAACAAGAAGACCAUCUUCGCCAACAUCGCCGAGAUCUGCAAGCGCAUGAACCGAAACGACGAGCACGUCACCCAGUUCCUGUUCGCCGAAUUGGGUACCUCUGGUUCCGUCGACGGGAGCAAGCGGCUGGUCAUCAAAGGUCGCUUCCAGCAAAAACAGAUCGAGAACGUCCUGCGUCGGUACAUCGUCGAGUACGUGACAUGCAAGACGUGUCGCUCGCCCAACACCGAGCUGUCCAAAGGCGAGAACAGAUUGUACUUCGUGACGUGCAACUCCUGCGGGUCCAGGAGAUCAGUCACGGCCAUCAAAUCUGGGUUCACGGCCCAGGUCGGCAAACGUAAGAGGAUGAACGUCUAA